UCCGCUGCCGACGAACCUGCCGACUAGUACCGAACUCGGUCGACGUCAUUCACGCCGCGCCCCCGUUGCCGCGCGUGUGUGUUUGUUAGGGGUGUGUACGCUCGUGUGUACGAUCGGUCGUUCGGGGUAUACGCGUCCGUCGUCGUUCUUUCGACACUUGAUCGCCACCGACCGUAACGAUAACGAUAACGGUCACUCUGACUACUACCAAAACGCAUAUAAAGUAAUUAUUAUUAUUAUUGUCGGUAUAUAUAAUUAUACUUACUGGCUGAUUGUUGCUCUGUAAAACUACUUUAAUUUCAAGUGUGUUUUAUAUAAUUAUCGUCUCACAUAUUCCUUCGUGAUUUGCCAUUAAACUCGUCUUCACGCGUUACGUCACCACAGCUAUAUUCUUAAUACAUUAUAAAAGCCACUUCAUCAUCACCAGUGCAUCGGCUUGCAGUGCUCGCGUACCACACGCAACCGUAACGACGAACGACCAAGACGAGGUACGAACUCGUGAGCACACGGCGGUGGCACCGCCAUUGCGGUCGUAACCGCCACGUUGUACAAAAUAGUGAUUGCCGCUGCCGCCGUCGCACACGGCAAAAAUGUUCAACUUCGCUAGUAAGAUGAUCAAUAGCCUGAUGGCGGCAGGCGAUGACAUGGUCACGGGCACCGAUCCGCAGCAGCAGCCGCAGAACGCGGUCCACCGUCAGCAACAGCACCAGCAGCAGCAAUUCCAGCAGCAGCAAGACUAUGGCGGUGGACGACCCGGAGUAGGCGCAUCCACCGCGGCUAGGCAGUAUGGCAUGAAUCAGCAGUCAUCGCAACAACAGCGUAGUAUGGCCGGUGGUGGGUAUCCGCAGCAGUCACUGCAGCAACAGCAACUGCCAAGACAGCCGUCGCAGCAGCAGCCACCGAAUAGACUACAGCAACAGUCGCAAUCACAGCCGUCCUUUUACCGACAACAGCCACCGGCACCUUUGUACAACAGUGGCAAUACAAGCGGUGGAAGGCCGUUGUCCCAGUCGUCACCCCAUCAACAGCAGCAGCAGCAACAACAACAACAACAACAACAACAACAACAGCAACAACAACAACAACUUCAGCAGCAACCGCAGCAGCACCAACAGCAGCUACAGCAACGGCAAAGGCAACAGCAACAGCAGCAGCAUCAACAACGUCCGGGUAGUGUCGGCAUGGGCAUGCCAGCAUUAUCAGCAAAUCUAAUGGAACCCGCAGCAGCUGACCCAGACCCAUUAAGCCUAGAUUUGAGCCACUUGAGUGCCGAGGAGCGUGCACUGAUCCAGAACGUUAUGGCCAAGGCGAAGAACAUGGACGCUACCGAACCUACACCGGUGGCGCCGACGCAUUCAACGAUGACCAGGACAACGCCGAUAACGUCGUCGUCUCGCAGUGAAGUCGUCACUAACGGAGGUUAUGCGUCGUCUGGCAGUCAAGACUCCGGAGCCACGUACUAUAACGUUACAGACGGCAAAAGUGGCGUGCAACAGCAACAAAACCCGUCGUACCAAGACCGUAACGUCUAUCAGCAACAGCACAGAGAUGUCAAUAGUGGGUCGUCGUACUUACAACAGCAGCAACAUGCCACUACUUCUGCGUACCAGCCAUCAGCCAGCGGUUCGUAUCAGCAGCACAGCGGUUACAAUUCGGCAGCGGCGGCGGCAGCCAGACGGCAUAUUCAGCAACGCGGUUUCGACGACUACCAUCAGUUGUCGCCUGAGGAACAAUUGUCACCCGUGUCGCCGGAAAACGAAGUGUCCAUGCCGUAUGGAAGCAGCACUAGUGGAAACUCACAGCAAUACCACCAUCAGCAACAGUUGUUGCAGCAACAACAACAGUUACUACAGCAACAGCAGCAGCAACAGCAACAGCAACAGCAGCAGCCAGGAGAGCGUUCUGGAUCAGAUUCCAGCGACGACGUAAGCUUGGCCGAGUGUCUGGCCGGUGGAGGCGUCGAGUUGAUGAACUUGCGCCCUAUGCCUAUGUUGGACGAGAAUGGUCAAGUGUUAUUAGACGAUGUCGAUACAGCCAGGAUGCAGCAACAGCAGCAACAGCAACAGCAGCAGCAACAACAGCAGCAGCAACGGCGUGAAGAGCAGUAUUGCAGUGAGCAACAAGUGUACUACGGAGGCAAUGCGACGACCGCCAACGCCUCGGACGUUUAUACCAUACCCGAGGACGAGGACGAGCUGAGCAGUCCAACGGGCGCGGACGGUGUGACAAGCCUCCGAAAGCGGCAGAUGGCUAACACGUUGACCGCUAUUUCUGGAUUGAACAGUAGUUCAGCGGCGAUUAAUUUGCACCAUCAGAUUGUCGAUAACGAGCGGUUUAUGAUGAAAUACGCUGCUGCGAAUUCAGGUAGCUCGGACUCGCAUCAAAAAUCUAAGUUGUUAAACGAAGAAUCUUCAGCAACACCCGUUUUUUCCGAGCAAAUCCGAUCGAAAAAACUCAAUCAGUCGUCUACAAUACAAUCCGGUGUCUUACAAAAUAACAAAUUCCGGGCUGGCAGUGGGGAAAACGUUGUUCAGCCAGUAGUUGUUGCUUAUGCCCAAAACUCCCCUUCGUACUACAACGGCAGUAACAGCAGUAGUAGCAGUAGCAGCAACAGCAGCAGAUUUGCGUCGGUUGACGGUGAUCACAAUAACAUAUCGUCCGCGUACGAAACUACGGCGGAAAAUUGCGUAUUCCAAGACGACUUGGAAAAAACUCCCGAAUACGAUCGAAUAUGCAAACUGUUGAAUCAGCCGAUUCGUGCGGUCGUGGCGGGUGGUCAUUCCGAUUCGAAGACCGGCAAAACUGAACAGCAACGGCUGCAGAAGCAAACCAUUCGGCACCAGCAGCAACAGCACAUACAACGGCAACUUAAGCAAUUGCAGCACAAGACCCAGCAGCAACAACAACAACAGUACAACAGUAUGCUGGGCCGCGCGCUGUCGUCUUCUCAGCAAAAUCGGCAGGCGGGCGCGAACAGCAGCAAUAAUACGUUUGGAAACGUUCAAACCGCAAACCGUAAUCGGACGAAUUUUCGCUAUGACGACGAGGACGACGAAGAAGAGUUGUUGGAGCAGCAACAACAUCAGCAACAGACACAGCGACACAAUUAUGCAAUGCAACCAGCUGCGACGACGUCGGCAGUGGUAUCAGACAACGAUAGCAGCGGCACAAUUAGCGGAAUGUUGGCCGACUUUAGCCGAUCUAUUGCCAACAUGAACGGUAGUGGACCGACAACGACGACUCAGUUGUUUAACGGUAGUGAAAAAUUCGGCGAAAAUAACAACAAAUACGAUUCGCUAUCUGGUGAAAACGCCCAAAAACAACAGUAUCAACAACAAACGCAACAGCAACAGCAGCAGCAGAAUCAGUAUCAACAGCAUGGGUUUGCGACAUCUUCUGGUACUACGACGCAAUUGCGCCGCACUCAAUCGAUCAUCAGUCAAAACUUACGCGACCAACAGUAUCAGCUGUAUUGUACUGGAACGUCACCGCCUCUCCAGCAGCAACAACCGGUACAGCAACAGCAGUAUAACGAUACAACCGUCGCUCAACUGCAGCAGCAAACCACAAACAACGCUUACGGGUCAGUGAACAAUGGUUCGUUAUAUGGAAGCGGUGGCGUUGGAAGCGGACCGACGAGCAUCGUCGCGAGACAGGCUCAGCAACAACAACAAGCCAUCGCACCUGCUUCGCAACUGCGACAGCAACAAUACUCGGCUACUGGCAUAGCCACUGCCAAUAGUUUACAGUCCGAAACGAAUUAUUCAUCAUCGCCGAGUGUCACCGGAAACGCGGCCGCGUUACAACAACAAUUAUUCUUUAACAAACGAGGAGACGGUGGCGGUGGCGCUUUGUUUAACUGCCAACAACAGACAUAUCAACAACAGCAAGAAGUCUUGUAUCAGCCUUAUCAACCGGAAUACGGCACAUAUCAGCAACAGAAUCAGCAGCAGCAGCAUAAUCAGCAGCUACAACAGCAACAACUCCCGUACAAUCAACUGCAACAGCAACAGACGCACCAACAGCAGCCGUAUAAUCAGCAACAACAAUCUCAAAACCAGUAUCAACAGCAACAGAAUCAGCAAUAUCAGUCAAGUCAGUUACAACAAUAUCAAAGGUUUCCGAAUCAAGAUCAACAACAGGUACCGACGACUGUCGAUGAUAAUCCAAAUCAAUAUGUCAUUGAACAACAACAAAGGGUGGACAACAGCUUUGUACAGAAUCCAUCUGCUUUAACACUUGGUGGAGUACCGAUUACUUCGGGUGGUAUAAAAUACGAUACGACGUCGGCGGAAUUUAGUUCCACUGCGUUUAGACCAUUGCAGCAACCACAAGGCCAACGUUGCGACAAUCCGACGAAUAUUGCAUUGCAACAGCAACAGCACUAUAUUAAUGGUAAUAACUAUCAGCAACAGCAGCAACCACAACAACAACAACAACAACAACAGUCACAAAAUCAGCAGCAGCUACAGCAGCAACAGCAGCAACAGCAGCAGCAGCAGCAGCAACAGCAACCGAACAGUACUUCAGCGCCAACUAGUGGUACAAGUACCGCCAGAGUAACGGUAUUACUCAAUUCGUCUUCAGCUACAAUGGAUCAACAGCAACAGAUCGGUGUUAAAGCUUUGACUGGGUCAGCUGGCCUUAAAUAUCAGUCAGUUACACAGCAACAAACUGCGUCACAGACAUCGACUUUGCAUCCCACACCACCACAACAAAACACGCCAGUCGGCACGCCCAGGAGCGCUUUGCUGAUUAGUUCCGGUGCUCUUGGGCUCAGAGAUUUGACUGCUUCGCCGUCGGACACGCUCAGUGAACCGGACUCUAUGCGUUCGUCGUCGUUGCGGAGUAGCAACCGGGACGGUCGACGGCGACUGCCCGAUUUGCCACCACCUGACUUAGAGAUAGCUGGCGUACAGUGGCCAGCAGCUGCGAACGCUAAGCGCCGCGAGCGAAUGAUGCGAGCUAUGAUGGAUAAGUUUAAGCCAUUCUCUUCAUCACGGAACGUAGCGAACGUGGAUGCUUUGACCACAGUUUAUGGCUAUGGUGGCAUUGUUGGCAACAAGUUUGCAAUUAAUCGGCCUGGCAGUAUGAGUGAAACCAAUUUACUGAAGUAUCGUCCUCAGAAAGAUGGUGGUCCGACAUCCACGGUCAGGCCAGAAUCAGCGCUGGGUCUUUUGCAAGGUUCCAGCCUGGUGAGCAGCACCGGAGAACAGACGCCGUCAAUGGCCAGGCAAUACGGCGGUUUGACGCGGAAAUACGUGUCAGACGGCGGCGACGAGCUGGCCGCCUGUCUGCCACCCGACUUGCGGCAUCUGUUGUCCGCCACCACGGCGGCGACACCGCAAUCGCACCACCGGCAGACGACGACGCAACGGUUGCAACAACACGGACUGCUGCAGAGGAGUACCGCGGCAACGGCCGCCGCCAAUUCACUGAACAACACAGCCGUGAUGAGCUUGUACGGCGCUGGCGGAGGCAGGAAACCGUGGUCAUCGUCGUCGUCAUGGUCUUAUCACGACGACACCGGUAUUGGUUAUUCGUCAGCCAUAGACCGUCGCGUCGGCGGCACCGGCAGGCAGGCAGCCGCUCUGUUUGGCGGAGGCAGCGGCGUCGCGGGUCUCGGAGGCCUGGACACGCACCACUACCGCAGCAGUGGCGGGGGUAGGACGAUAAGUGCCGCGAGAUCGCUGGGUGGCGUCUAUGACGGUAACAGUCUGCUAUACCGCUGUUCGACCAGUAAUGUGCCUGACCACCUGGAAAGAAGGUGGUACCAGAAUCAGCAUCAACGACAAACCGGCAGCAGCGGUGGUCGACUGAUUAGAGGGCUGGGUGGAACCAAACACUUGUCGGACGUGUACGACGACGACGACCUGCUGCGACUACAGCAGCAUGAUGACGCCACAGUUGCCGCACUGUUGCUGGACGAUGUCGUGUUGGGCGGAGGUUACAGCAGCAGAAACUCUGACUUUAUGCCGUCUAGACCGAGAUCCCGAUCAUACGGUGGUGGCGAAGAUCCGUCGUCCUCGACGUCUUGGCGACACUGGCCCGACACCAGCGGUGGAUCCGGUUAUCUGGGCGGCGCUUUGCGCGAGACCGCCAUCGGUUCAUCGGCAGCAAUUUACGACCACAAUGGCCAUCGUCGCGCGACAAAUACUGCGAUAAAUUCCGCUACGGCCGAUCAAAAAAGAUGGGACGUUCGGCGGCACAACCGCCGACAGCGGCGGUACAGCGACGGUGGCGGUGAUUCGGACCCGCGACGGUCGUACGAUUACCACCAACACCUGCAAACGGCGGCCAUGAUGAAGUACGGCACCGCAGGCCGGCGGUCGCGUUCGUGGGACCCGUCACCGUCGCCGACACCGACCGCUUACUUGAGCGGCGGCGACGACGGCGGCGGUUACGGCGGCUACGGCGGCUACUGCGACUACAUGGACGACUACGGCGGCGGUGGCGACUACGAAUCGCUGGCCGCGCUAGCCGCCGAGGAAGAACACGACGAAGAGCUGCAACGCGAGGAGAAAAAGGCCAGGAUCAAGGCGGAGAUUGCCCGGCGCAGGCGGCAAAUCGAGGACAACGUCCGGCUGCACGAGGAGCUGCUGCGCCUGGCCCGGAUCCGUGAGAACGCCGAACACGAGUAUUCGUCGUCCAUGCUGCCAUCGCUAUCCGCUGCAGGUGGCUGCUACGCGGGACGGCGGCCGAUGACCGAGGAUGAGUGUCAAGUGUUUGCACGCGCGGCCGAAAAGAUAGCCGAGGAACGGUCAAUGGAGCGGAUCGCCUCCACGUUCCGGACCGCUGCUGCGGCGGCCGCCGAGGAUUACGUGCGCCGCGGUGGCAUCUACGGCGAGUACGGCACGGCGAUCGGCUGCGGGAUCGGUGAUUACACACCCCCGCACGCUAUGCCACUGUUGCCGGACAUGCCGACUAGGAGCAGGAGACUACUGGAGAACCUGGGAAGUUCACCGAUCACAGAUUCCGUGUUAUUGGACGGCGAACAGAAAGCCAUGCAGAAAAAAGUCAACUUUCUCAACGUCCUAUAAUUAGACUAAAAAAAAAAUUUAAAAAAAAGACACACACACGCGACGUCGUUUAUAAUAAAUGAUAAUGUUAUGUGUACCUACUAGUUUACCUAUAAUUAGCUGUUAUGUUAUGUAGAUAUGAUACGGGCAAUUUCGUCCAGGGGAAAUUUGAAUCGUGAGUAGGUUCAGAAACUAAUUUUUUGUUCGUGCAAUAUUUUCUAAUAAAUUUAUUAUUUCUAUUAUUUCUAACAUUAAUAAAGUAUAAUUUAUUACUAAUUAUAACUGGAUUAUAUUUUAAAUACUUUCAAAUAAUUAUAAUAAUAUAAUGAUAAUAACUACUUGUAUUUACCUAAUGUUUAUCAAUGAUCAAUGCACUUGUAUGCAGCUUAUCAAAGUAAAUAAAUACAAGUGUAGGAAACCAGCAGACAAAUUGCGAUUCAAAGUGACAUUCUAGUAAAUCAUGUAUAAAAUAUAAUAACUCAUUCAUUUUAAAAGGUCAUUGUGACAUCAAUAUUAGGUAUAAUUACUACUAUUAUUAUAAUUGUUUUAUAAUGUUUAUAAUAUAAUACAAUUAUUAUAAUUAAUUAUUUAUUUUGUUUUUGAUUAAUAUUGAUAGUAAUAAUAAAUUUAACGAGUAUAUUCCAUAGAAAUAUUCACGAUUCAAAUUAACCGCACAUGACCAAAUUGUCAGAUAUUCUACAUCGCCCGUAAUGUAUUGUAAUUAAUUGUACCUAUUGUUACCUACCUCACCUGACUAUAAAAUGCGAUUCGCCCACGUACACAUGACUUUCGAAGGGCGGAACGAUCGACACGCACAAUAAUCACUUAUUAUUAUUAAACGUACAAAAUCGACGGGUUUCGCACCCCUUUCGAAAAUACGUACCGUAUUUAAAUGCAUAAUAUACUUAUGCUUAGUAUUUAUGCUCAGUGCCCUAUUUAUUCUCCUUUUAUAAUAUAAAAAACUAUAAGUGAUUUUAAUUAAUCGCAUGGUUAUAAAUCGAACUCAUUAAAUUUAGAAAAUUAUAUACGUCCAUUAAGUUAAAAAAAAAUAAUUUGACAUUUAUUAUUUUAAUUUUUAGAAAUCUUAUUCUUAUAGUUUUAUGAAACAUAAACAUGUAAUUUCAAAUGAAACACAUUGAAAUGUUGCCCCGUCCUUAAAAAUGUGUAAUAGGAGCAAUAAUCGGAUUGCCUCAUCCUCCCCCCCCCCCCAUGAAUAUGUCACUAACUAUCAUACUAAACAACAUACGUCUUAAUACAUUAUUAUUAUAGGUAGGUAUGCAACCAACUAUUAUACUUACACGUACAACGAAUCUAUUAUAACAUCUACAAUCUACAUUUUAAAUAUUACAUAUUAUAGUCACACAUCUACCUACUAAUUACUACGUUCGUGUCGUAUUUUGUAUAGCGUAUGAACGCCGUCCAAUUUUUUUCGACCGUUUUCCCAAUACGCACAGCCUAUAAUAUAAUACUAUUUCGUUAUAGUCUGUGCUGCGUGGUUAUUUUCUUGAGUGGUGCUUUAUGUUUAUUAUUAUGAUUCACGAUAUUAGUGAUGUAUUUUAAACGUUUAAACUUUUAUCAUAAAUCCAUAACUAAGCCAAGUGCUUUCGUACCAUUCGGAGGAAAAUCGUUAUCAGCCAGGAAACAUUAUAGUAUGUAAUUUCGUUUUAUAUUAUAGGAUUAUGGGAUUUUAUCACAAUGGUUUCUGUAAUCGAUCAAUUUAUGUCGUGGUCUCGAUCAAUCACCGCUUCAAUGUAUUUCGAUUUUCGUUUUUGUUCGUCUCCCCCACGUACACAUGCCAGUUUUAAAUUAUACACAAAUCUGUUGUUAACAAUAUUCAUCUUUUGAGACUUAAUAUAAGACAUAUAGUUUAAUAUAUAAUUAAUGAAAUAAUUCUAUACUCCAAUAACUUCUAAUAGCUAUUAUCGUUUAAUAACGUCAAUGAUGGUGAAAAUUAUUAAUAUUAGGUAUAUAACACUAUUCUAAGGGCUUCCUCGUGGUUUAAAAUCAUAUCGAAACGGUAUAAUCUAAGUAUGUACCUAAUUGUUUUAAGCCAUCACUCAAUUCUAGUGUUCUCAAAAUGUUCGCGAUCAUAUAAAUGUUCAAUAAAACUUUUUUAAAUUUGAUACCGUUGAUGUCUUGAAUUAUUAAAAAAUUAUUAAGAAUCUCAAGAUUUAUACGUUCGUUUAUAUUAGGUACUCUACAAAAGGUUACAAUAAUAUCAUUAAUAUCUAUUUAAACAAUGUACAUAUUCAAUUAUUACAUAUAUAUCGCAUUGGUUAGAAAUCACAUAUAAUUUAAAAUAAUUUAUAAGUCGCUAAAUGUUGGUAAAUAUACAUUAAUAAAUAGUGUUAAAUGCAUACGAUGAUUACUGGCAUAUAUAGUAUUGAAAACAAAUUGAACUAAUUUUUUUGUAUAAUAUUUACGCACAUUAAUCAAUAAUAAUAAUACUGAUCCAUAAAAAAAUUCUAUUAUUUAACGAACUAUAUUAAAGUCACAAACAUAAAUGAAUAUAUCGUACAAUAUUAUAUCAUAGUUUCAAUGUAGGUACGUAUUUAUUAUUAUAAAUCUACUGAACAAAUAAUAUAUAAAUAUGUUUUUAAAAAAAUAGGUACAUUUGAUUUGUAUUUGCAACAAAAAAUAAUCGCACACUUUUUAUUACCACAAGCUCAAUUGACAAAAUGUAUGGAAGAAAAGUAAAUGAAAAAAAUAUUGUAAACUUAAUGGAUAUGGACGUUUUUUAAUCAAAUUAAUAUCAAUGGGUUGUCAUUCAUAUAUCAAAUGUUACCUCAGUAAUACACUUGGUUGUACAUUAUCUCAGAUUAUAAUAAUUUAUAACUAUAAUAAUUAAAUAAUUAUAAUAUAAUACUUCAGAUUUUUACACAAACCAUCUCAUUACGAACGUGUAAUAAUCAACUAUUUUUUAUAAAUAUUAUUGUAUACUGGUGUAGUUUGUACUAAAUAUUAUAGUUAUAUCUUAACUUUAGACAUUUUCGUUGGAUAAAAUAAUGUCAUAAUAUCUAUACUUAUUAUCGAAUUUUAAGGAGAUACACAUUACCGAAAGUUUCGUCAUCGUUUAUGUUAAUCUUGUGUUCACAUAAAAAUGAUUUAUUUAUUAAUUAUAAGUCAUUGUAAUAAUUAUUGGUGUUCUAUGGUAUGUUCAAAACUAGAGAUUUACAAUUCCUUAUAUUAUAUUAUAAAAUCUAUUAUAGUUACUUUAAUAAUUAAAUUGCCAUUUUAAGUAAAAAUUACGUAAUGGAGAACCUGGUGACAUAAACUACUAGAUUUUAAAUAAUUCUGGGUAAACAUUCAAUAUUUUAAUAGCGGUAAUUAAUAAUCGAACUCAAUUCCUACGCACACGGGCCAGACCAUACUAUAAAUUUAAAUCCGGAUUAAACCAAAUGACAGUAUACAUCAUAAUAAAAUAUUGCCACCAUUUAUAUACUGCGGUAUUGUUGUGCUCAAAAUAAAAAAUAUGCGUCGCUAACAUUAUAUUAUAUAAUAUGUGGUAUAUAGGAUUAACGUUGUAUACAAGUACAAUUUAUAGAUCACCAUUCUAUAUUAUGUCUCUCUAUGUGAGAUAACACACAAGACUUGAAUUGGGGGAAAAUCGGAAGGGGGAUGUAAAAGAGUGAAAAAAUGUGCGUACCUGAGUCCUGAAUAUUUAAAUGUCUUAUUGAUUAUGAUAUAAUAAUAUUAGAUAAAGUACGCAAUAAAUAUUUUUUUUAACAGGAGAGGGACUCCGUUUCCUCGCACCCCACUCAAUUCAAGCACUAUUAACAUAAUUUAAUAAUAAUUCUAUAAUGUUAUAAUUAUUAUUAAGCCUUAUAGUUGUAUAAUUUGUAUCGUUGGAAUAAUAUCGAAUUAAAACAAAUACAUUAAUAUAUAAUGUAUUCGUACUUAUUGCGAUUUGAUGCGGUAGAAAAAAUAAUAAUGAUGAUAAUAAUUGAUGUCUAUGAUGUUUUCGUACGAUUUGUUUUAGUUAUUUAAGAAUAUAUUUUUUAAUAUAAUAUACUUAGAGAUUUACUUCGAAUAUAUAAGACGGUUAUUUUUCAAACGCACAUAUAAAUAUGUUCGUCGAAUAACUAUAUUCUGUUAUAAUAUUUCUCAAUCCGACUGUUAAAUUCGGAAAGUUAAUUUUCUCAAAACUCGAGUAAUUUAAUAAGACUUUGUAAUUUUAAGACCUUUAUUGUGUGUCAUUACUUUAAUUAACUAUAUAUUAUAUUAAUCUACACCACAGUGUGUUUGUCGGUGUAAAAAUUACGUUAUAUAUUAUAUCAUAAUAUGGUAUAAAUGAAACGUUCUACAGGGUGAUUCACUACACAUAUUGGUAGAUAAAAGUCCGUUGAUUUUUGACGGGACAGCGUACCUCUUAUUAUAGUAUUAUACCUAUUUAACCCGCCAGAAAUUAGUGAGAAUGCCAAAAGAAUCACGCUGUUACAUCACAUUAGAAUAUAUAAUAUUAAAAUUAUAUUAAUUAGUUAACCUAAAUUAAUUAUAUUCAAUGUCAGAAUUACUUAUAAAUAUAACUUAAUAAUACAUACGAUAAAUAAAUUGUUUUAAAUAAAACCGUACAUAAUUCUCAAAAACUAUAACUAUAUAAAAUAUAGGUACUUUCUCAACAGACCUGUGCAAAUAUAUUUAGCGAAUCCCGCCAAAACAGUAUUCUAAUUAUAUCCCACUGUAACGUUUAAUCAUAUACAUCUAUAGCACUGUAAUCGAUGACAAAUUUUCGUUUUUGGUGUUUCAUCAUAUUAUCAAAAGUUUAAAAUUAGUAUUUUCACGCAUAUUUGACGAUGCGUUUGUUUUGUGUGUUUUUUCAUUAAGUUUUAAUGUAUUUAUCGCGAAAAAAAUAUAUAUAAGAGUGAUUUAAAUAAUAAUAAUAAUAAUAAUAAUAAUAAUUUACUUAUACUUAUUACUGUACUACAUAUCCAUCCAAUUCCUUGUUUUAAUCUUCUGAAUUUGUUAUUAUUAUUUUUUUUUUAAUUAUAUAUAUUUACGGUUAUUGUUACCAUAUAUUGUUAACGUAUGCGUUAUUCGAUUUGAUGAUAUCUUGACAAAUUUAAACGCAGUUAGAAAUAUAUUAUAUAUAAAUACUGACCUACGUUACGUGUUACUGUUGUAAUAAAAUAUGUUACUAGGUAUAAUAUGUGUUAUAAUAUAAAUUGUUGAAUAAUAUAUAAUAUAAUGAUUUAGCAAUUUAUAAAUAAUAAUGCGUGUAAUUAUUGAUAUUAUAUUAUGAUUACUCUCUAUAGGAGUGGAUUGUGUAACUACCUAUAUAGUUAAUUGUUAUCGUUUAGAAACACUUGGAACACAAUUUAAUAUCGUAGCAUGUAUAAUAAAUGUAUAUUAAAACUUAAUAGUAGACAAUUUUAUAUUGUUACUUGGUGGAAAUAUUGUUUUAAUGGAAUUAAGACUAAAUAUAAUAAAUCAAAAUACGAUUGAAAAACAAACAAUUUUGC